UCAAUUAUAUGACUUGUGGGCAGGGUGGGGGAAAUAGGGGUCAGGUGUGCGUCGAUCUAAGUAAAAGUUUUCUGGUUGCAAGAUUUUACCGAAAAUGUUGAAUUUUAUUAUUGGGACGUAUGGAAAAAUGGGAAUAGCUGAAGCUUUCUACAUUUUUGCAGUGCUUUCUGCCGCAUCUGGGAUCCAGGUGUCCAUUCCACAGAAGGUUUACGAGGUCGCCAGGGGUGAUAACAUCAGUCUGCCCUGCACGUUUACGUCCAAUGUCAAAGUAACCACAAGUGCUUCAGCCAAUUGGGCCAUUCUAGGGGGCACCCCUGAUGACCCCACAUCGGAUCCGGUGGCCACCUACUACUUCUCAGAGAACAAUUUGGAUGUGUCGGCCCAAUUUGCAAAUAGAGCCUCCAUGAAUCCUCAGUUCAGCACUGGACAGAUCGACCUCUCCCUCUCCAACAUCAUGAUGUCGGACAAUGCGACGUUCGAGUGCCAAGUCCAGAUCCCGAAAGAUAUGGGGGGAAAGCCAAAUGCCAAAACUCGACUGGUCGUGCUGGUGGCUCCCUCAGUACCUGCAUGCGGGAUCCAGGGGUCGCCAACAAUAGGCCAGGACAUCAUGCUGACCUGCAAAUCCAGUGAAGGUUCUCCUGUACCCACAUACACCUGGCAGAGUUUCGACAAGAACAACAUCCCCAGGGCCCUUCCGCCCCGGGCCACCAGCAAGGAUGGUGUAUUGUCUCUCUUCAAUAUUUCUGCGGACACCACUGGCUAUUACAUCUGCACGUCUGCAAAUAAGAUUCGCAGCCAAUCCUGCAAUUAUACUCUGGCUGUCACAUUACCCUCCAUGAGCGUCGGCUCCGCAGCCAUCUUUGCUGGGGUCGGCCUGGCCGCCCUCCUCGUGGUCGGCAUCAUUAUCUAUUGCUGCUGCUGCCGCCGGAGGGAGAAGGAUACCGAGGGCUACGAGAUGGGGGAGACGGAACAACCCUUGGAUGACUCGAUCGCCAAGGCCAACACAGUGGAAUACUGUGACGACAAACGUAGCGUCAACUGCAAGGAUGGAUUGGAUGUCCGUGCUGAGCAGAAAGAGAAUGGAAGAGAUGAUGAGGAUCAUGAUGACUACGGUGGUCGACAAGAUAAUUAUGAUGACCGCCGGAGUGACUAUAGCGGCCGACGGGAUAACUAUGAUGACCGCCGGAGUGACUAUAGCGGCCGACGGGAUAACUAUGAUGACCGNAGUGACUAUAGCGGCCGACGGGAUAACUAUGAUGACCGCCGGAGUGACUAUAGCGGCCGACGGGAUAACUAUGAUGACCGCCGGAGUGACUAUAGUGGGCGACGGGAUAACUAUGAUGACCGUAGCAACAGGUACGAUGACAGGCGAGAUAGAUAUGAUGACCGGCGUGAUGAUUAUGACCGGCGGGAUCAAUACGAUGAUCGGCGUGAUGAUUAUGACCGGCGGGAUCAAUACGAUGAUCGGCGCGACAGACAUGGUUCAUAUGAUGACCACAAUGACCGUCGCAACCAAUAUGACGAGGUCUCUGACAACGACCAUGAAACACCACCAAGCGUCCCCCCCAACAAACCAAGGAAAAUGGACUGAUCUCAGAUCUGCCCCACCCACGGCAGGUGGGAAGGAGGAGUUUGUGAAGCAUGCUUUGCCUGCGUUCAUAAUGUCCUUGAGCUCAAGGGGUUACCAUGUAGGGGGCCACCUAUUGACGUGAACCAGUCCAUUUGUUACCGUUCAGUUGCAAAGGAUGCCUUAAAUUGUGAAUUAUGUCUGUUGUAGUUAAAUUUGAACUUCAGGCUUCUUGUCUUCCUAGUAUUGGUGUAAUCAGUGUUCCUGCUACUCUGUUCAAGGUAAUCUCAGGGGAUUUUUUUUUUACUAUUACUCAAUUUUUACUCUGUGGUAUACUUCAUAUUUGUGGGAUUCUUUCAUCAGGGCAAAUAAUACUUAUUUUUAUAUCUGUAUUUGUUUUUUAUAUGUACUUUUUAAAAAUCAGUUAAUAUUUUGAAUCUUGUGUUUAGUAUAUUUUUUUCUUUUAAUAAAUGUGAUGCGUUCGAAUUUCUCUUGCUUCCUGGUUUUGUAGAAACAAGCCUUAUGUGUAAUUUAAAUGUGUGUUUGGUGAUAUGAGAGCUGAGCUUGCUGGGAAGUCCUGAGAAUGCAGCUAAGCUUCACUGAGUCCAUAUCCUUUACACAGCAGUUCAGGAAAGGUGAAGGGUUCUCCAGCUUGGCUCACCUUGUCUCCACUGUCUUAAUAAACAAACAAAUAAAUCUUAGUCUGUCACAUGCA